CCGCUCUUCUCUCACUGCUGCUUCCCUCUUCUGUCUGUCUCUCGCCUUUCUGUCAUCGCUACAGUCUUCGCCUCAUCCUCAGAUUUGCUUGCUUUCGGCGUCUCAUUCCGCGGGUGCUGCGUUCGAAUCACUACUUCAGCGACCGUCUUCUACUGUCUCGCGUAGCCCUCAGCAGCUACCGCUACCUGCCUACAGCUUCCCCCGGCCUUCUUCUGCACACUUGCGCAGCGCCUUUACCGGGUUACUGGGCACAGCUGCUUCCUCCUCGCGCGCAAUCUCCACUCCUGCCUUGCGGCUUCACCUCGCGCACCACUUUCGCGCGCCUGCUGCUCACCAUCCUCUGCAGACUUAGAAUUCGCUUCGGCAAAUACCUUUCCCUUUCGCGAUCUCCUGACCUCACUUACGGAGCGAGAAAGGCGUUCUUUCGGGUUUCGCAUUCGGGCGCAUCCUCUUUCAGCAGCAGCAAGCAGCAAGCAGCAGCAGCUUCACGAGUCACGGCCGAGCGCGCGAGCAUCCUUAUUGCUUCACUUGCAACACGCAGACUCGACCACGUCAGCACGCACGCGACUACGACAUCACUUCCACGAUCGCACCCUUCCCACUCCAAUACAACAUGAGCUUCCAACCUCAAGAAGGCGGUGCCCAGCCGCAGCUGCAGCCUGGCCAAGAGCAGGGCGGCUUCCCGCAGCAGGGAGGUUUCGAGCAGAGCGGCUUUGGCGGAGGACCGGGCCAAGAACAACAGCAAGGUCCUCCAAUGGGUCAGCCUAUGGACCCAUCGCAACAGGUUCAAUUCCAGCAACAGCAGGGCCCGCCAGGACAGCAGGGCCCUCCAGGUCCCAACCAGGGUGGCGAUCAGAAGACAACCCUCUGGAUGGGCGAACUCGAGCCUUGGAUCGACGAGAACUUCGUCCGCAGCGUGUGGUUUGGAAUGGGUUAUCAGGUUAAUGUCAAGAUGAUCCGCGACAAAUUCUCCGGAUCCAAUGCAGGCUACUGCUUCGUCGACUUCGAAAACCCAGACGCUGCCGGACGAGCUCUCCAGCUCAACGGACAGGUCAUUCCCAACUCCAACCGACAGUUCAAGCUAAACUGGGCUAGUGGUGGAGGCCUUGCCGACCGCUCUCGCGACGAUAGGGGACCCGAGUAUAGCAUCUUCGUGGGCGAUCUAGGACCGGAGGUCAAUGAGUACGUUCUCAUGUCACUCUUCCAGAACAAGUACCCAUCAUGCAAGUCGGCCAAGAUCAUGAGCGACCCCAUCUCUGGCAUGUCCCGCGGUUAUGGUUUUGUUCGAUUCGCAGACGAGCAGGACCAGCAGAAGGCUCUACACGAGAUGCAAGGUGUGUACUGCGGCAACCGACCUAUGCGCAUCAGCACUGCAACACCCAAGAACAAGAGCGGCGGUGCUGCCGUCCCUCCAGGUGGAAUGCCGCAGCCUGGCAUGCCUGGCGGCCCUGCUGCUGGUGGACCCCAGAUGCCAGGCAUGUACAGCAUGGGAGCUCCGCCAAUGGGCUACUAUGGUGCGCCUCAGCCAAUGAACCAAUUCACCGAUCCCAACAAUACCACUGUCUUUGUCGGGGGUCUGUCUGGCUAUGUGACUGAGGAUGAGUUGCGCUCCUUCUUUCAAGGGUUUGGCGAGAUUACGUAUGUCAAGAUCCCUCCAGGAAAGGGAUGCGGUUUCGUUCAGUUCGUACAGAGACACGCUGCGGAGAUGGCCAUCAACCAGAUGCAAGGAUAUCCAAUUGGGAACUCGCGAGUUCGUCUGAGCUGGGGUCGUUCGCAGAACAACUCCGGUCCAGCUGGAACACCGUACCGCCCAGCGCCCCCUCCACCAGUCUAUCCGUCGAUGGGCAUGCCUCCGCAGCACCCGUAUGGCAACUUUGCUCCUAUGAAGUAAGCGCAUUUACGUCCCAUUUGCCUUGAGAUGAUAGCACUUUAGCGGGAGUUGGUCGAAGGUUAUAACAUACGAUCUGCCUUUUACUACUUGCAUGCAAACAUCUGCGUUUCUUACGACGACCCACGAGAACGAGAACACGCGGCGCUAUCAAACAGGACGGAGAAGGAGCCCUCUCUCUCAUGGCAUGAAUCCAUGCAUGCAUCAUAUCGAGGCUGAUACCACAUACCAAACGGCGGCGGUCAGAUUGCUGGAUCACAGAAAAGUUUCCUAUCAUCACAUUACACUUUUUACCACCAACCCUUUCAACAUCAACAUAACACUGACACAUGCGACGAUCUAAUCGCCACAUUGCGAACUGCUUUACACCUUCAGCGGCAUUACUCGGUCUCCAGCGGGAAUGGAGCUUCGGGGCAAUGGAGUUUGCUCUUUCUGUAUAACAGAGGGCUAUCUACUGCAUGGCGCUAGGCAGAGGACGGAGUGUUUGUCUUCGCUAGCUAGGUCGGGGCCCAAUCUGCUCUCGCGGGCGGGUGGCUCGAACGGCUCUUUCAGGAGCACUAUAGCUAGCGAGAACCUGAAUCUUUCAUAUCGUCUCUUGC